AAGCCUGAGCUAUAAUCAGUCACCAGCACUGGUGUGUGAACAGGAUUGGAAGCAAAUGGAUCCCACCAGCAGCAGCUGCAUGCGCAGUCCACAACCUCCUGCCCCACUCUGGGGGUGCCUGCGGAGCACCCACAUGGAUGUCACCACAGCCUCAGGGCUGAACCACUACCCACCAGCGCCAUUCUCCUUCCAUCAAAAGUCAGAUUUUACUACUUAUCCUGAUUUCUCAACCUCCUGCCUGGUGACUGCUCCCCACAGCUUCCCACAGGAGGAGCGGACAUUUGUGGAGCAGCAUCCCUCUUUCCAGCACUCUGACUGGCAUUUUGCAGCAACUGAGGCCAGAAGACGACUAAACCCAGGACUGGCCUUGGGUUCUGGGAAGCCAGAAGGCAGCAGCCCAAAUCUAGUGAGUGCAGCAGGGGGUAUGAAUGAAGAUGAUGAGGUACCAGUAAAUACUACAAAUGAGACUGAGAAAAAGUCAUCUAAAAGAAAAAAGGAGAACUCAGAAAACCAGAAUUCAAGCAACAAGGCAGAACCAAGCAGCAAAUCCCGGAAGGAAAGGACAGCUUUCACAAAGGAGCAGCUACGGGAGCUGGAAGCUGAAUUUGCCCACCAUAACUACUUGACAAGGCUCAGGAGAUAUGAGAUAGCUGUGAAUCUGGAUCUCACCGAGAGACAAGUCAAAGUAUGGUUUCAAAACAGAAGGAUGAAGUGGAAACGUGUUAAAGGUGGGCAACAAGUGUCCCCACAUGAACAUGACACAGAAGAUGUGGACUCUGCUGCCUCCCCCAGCUCUGACUAGUCCUUGCAGCAAUGAGAGAGAAGCACGGAGAAAGUUACUGAUCAGAAAGUGGAUGCAACACUGCUCUGGUUCAGCUACACCAUGAGAUGAUCUCACCUGCAAAACCUGCAGCCCCGAGUCUUUAAAAGGUAGAUGACGCUACACAGGCAGUGAAAGAACACAACAGAAAAAAGCCAAAGGAAGGGCAUGAUUAUCUUACUACCACAAAUGUGUCCUCAUAAUAAAAGCUAACAAACACUGAAUAUAAACCAGGCAUCAUGUUGUCUAGGCUCUCAAAUGCUCAGAAGAUACAGGCUGUCAGUCAGUGAGUGAUAAUGCAGCUGUGCCUUUCCCUGGUCACACCUAUUCAUUCUGCAUUUGGACUUGACAAGGUACAUUUUCCUCACGCCUUUUUUUAAAAGAAAUAAAUGCUUCCGUAGUCACUGAUUUUUCUUGCAAAUCGAAUUGAACACCUGUAUGUAGGUAGUGAGAUUACAACAUAAAAAUGAGCCCAAAUCUAGAUAUGCAGAAAUCUGCUUACCACUUUCAGAAGAGAUGGCUUUCACAUUGAGGGUUCAAGAGAAGUGCCCUGUAGAUGGCAGCAAUCUGGAGAGGGAGAAUUCUUCCAAGCUUACUGUAAAUCCUGAAAUUAAAUUGUGAAUCUUAAUUGCAAAUAUUUUUUCCAAUAAACCAAAUACUGACAAUCAUAACCAAAUGUCUCAGCAGGUACAGCAGAAGUGAAACCCUCAGCACAAUACCUGUCACUGUUUUGUUUUCAACAUUUAAAUCUAUUUAACUAAAGGAAAACUCCUUUUUAGUGCUGCAUUUCUUUCAGAUUCAUGGAAUCUC